UCUGAAACUUUAUCUAUAUUUUUGAGUACUUUUGCCUCACUAUAUUCUUAAUGAAAGUAAUGUACUUUUUACUCCAUACAUUAUCUCUGACACCCAAAAGUAGUCGUUACAUUUUGAAUGCUUAGUAUUUAUCAAGAGAACAUCCCCGGUCAUCCCAGCAGGCGUUUCUAUUGUCUCUUUAAUCUCACUUGGUCUUUCCUCUCGCUGUGGAACAGCAGUAGCGGGACUGAGGAAUUUGUGUGUGUGAAUUCUAGUCAAAGGACGGCAGGAGAGCGCAAUGGUUGGAUACAGAUAACUAAUGUUCAGAAAAAGAUGUCCUGAUGCAGCACUCCAAACAGUAAACGUUACCCUCCUGUAUCCCUCUUCCUCAUCUCAACCUGCCCCUGUUGCUGCUUCUCCUCCUGUACUUCCUGCUCCUCCAGAACCGACUAUUGGUACCGUUGGCUCCUCCCUUGGGUCCCGAACCCUCACUCGGCCGGUUGACAAAUCCCCGCUUUUCCCCUCCUCUCUGCUCCCCCGGUCCUCGUCCCUGAACCUCCUCUCCCCCCUCGCUCCAGUCUUAGCCCCACUGGUCCCCGUCCCUGGCAACAUGUCCAUCGCCCUGAAGCAGGUCUUCAACAAGGACAAGACCUUCCGCCCCAAGCGUAAGUUUGAGCCGGGGACGCAGCGCUUCGAGCUGCAUAAGAAGGCCCAGGUGUCGCUGAGCUCCGGGGUUGACCUGAGGGCGGCGGUUGCACUGCCUCACGGGGAGGAUCUGAACGACUGGGUGGCCAUGCACGUAGUGGACUUCUUCAACCGGAUUAACCUCAUCUACGGGACGGUGUGUGAGUUCUGCACGGAGAAGAGUUGUCCGGUCAUGUCCGGGGGUCCUAGGUAUGAGUACCGAUGGCAGGACGAUCACAAGUAUAAGAAACCAACGGCUCUACCUGCUCCCAAGUACAUGAAUCUACUGAUGGACUGGAUCGAGGUCCAGAUCAACAAUGAGGAUAUCUUCCCCACCAGCAUAGGUAUCCCCUUCCCCAAGAAUUUCACCCAGAUCUGUAAGAAGAUAAUCUGCCGUCUGUUCCGGGUGUUUGUCCACGUCUACAUCCACCAUUUUGACCGUAUGAUCCAGAUGGGAGCUGAGGCCCAUGUUAACACCUGCUACAAGCACUUCUACUACUUCAGCACAGAACUCAACCUCAUAGACCGCAAGGAGCUGGAGCCACUGAAAGAUAUGACGUCUGGGAUGUGUCACUGAGGUGUUGUAGCAGAACCACCGGUGCUGCUGAUGGUCUGGCAGGAGGUUACCAUGGCUACGCUGUGGGAGGGGUCCCGUGAGCAGCAGAGAUGCCUCUGAAGCUUUAUGACAUCAUCACUGUGCGUCUGGUAGCCCGGAGAAGAACCUGUUACCUGCAGAUACGCCUGCCAGGCUGGAUGCGCACUGUAGCGAAGACAGACUACUACUAUUUGUACGAUCAACACUGUAGCAGAGACUACUAGACUCUGCUGUAGUCUGUCAUGUUAAACAACUCUCUCUAUAACACCAGAUCACAGAGGAGGAGCUGAUUAACUCAUGUUUGCAUGAGUUGAUUAUGUUCUAUAUGAGAGUAUGACUACUAGGACCACUUACUGACUGACUGAUUCACUGGCAGGCUGGCUGACUGUUUCACUGGCCAGUUGGAUGACUAACUAAUUAACUGGCUGGCUGACUGACUGAUUAACUGGCCAGCUGGCUGUCUGACUGUUUCACUGGCCAGCUGGCUGGCUGACUGUUUCACUGGCCAGCUGGAUGACUGACUGAUUAACUGGCCAGCUGGCUGGCUGACUGUUUCACUGGCCAGCUGGAUGACUGACUGAUUACCUGGCCAGCUGGAUGACUGACUGAUUACCUGGCCAGCUGGCUGGCUGACUGAUUACCUGGCCAGCUGGAUGACUGACUGAUUAACUGGCCAGCUGGCUGGCUGACUGUUUCACUGGCCAGCUGGAUGACUGACUGAUUACCUGGCCAGCUGGAUGACUGACUGAUUAACUGGCCAGCUGGCUGGCUGACUGUUUCACUGGCCAGCUGGAUGACUGACUGAUUACCUGGCCAGCUGGAUGACUGACUGAUUACCUGGCCAGCUGGCUGGCUGACUGAUUAACUGGCCAGCUGGCUGGCUGACUGAUUAACUGGCCAGCUGGCUGGCUGAC